AUGGCACUGAACGUUGCCCUCCGCCCAUCCCCACCGGGCUACGCCGGAUAUGCUCGUGCCCGGCCGGCUGUCACUACCCCUGCGGCUCCUUACAAGGUGACGCCGGCAGCCAAGCCCCAGCCCAAAACACCAAUGCCAGUCUUUGUUGGUUCUCUGGAAGAUUGGCUUAGACCCGAAGCGAAGUCAUAUCAAGCCCUUCAUUUUCCGAGAAGUCCUUCAUGGCCAAACUACCAAAUGGAGAUUGACCGAUCACUUGCAGACUUUGGCCCUGAAAGUCAGCUGGAGACAAAGAUCGAAAGGGAACCUGGAAAGGAAUUGGGAUUUAAGCAAGCUGCAGAAGAGCUUCUUCACAGUGUCCGAUUGCCAAAGGAUCUGAUUGCCACCGUGAAAACUGAUGCUGAUUUGCUUGGAAAGACCGUGGCAGCAGUGUGCUCUUGGAGCAAGACGUUUCUUCUGAAACUGGAGCUGAUGGGAGAGUAUACCUGCCCUCGUUGGCAUCGAGACAACUAUUGCGGAAGAGGCAUCAUCACCUACAAUUUGUCUGGUACCCAAUACCUUCCCGAAGAGUAUGUAGACGUCUGGGAGCUGGAGCAUUGCGGUAACAAUGAUUGCAUUGUCAAAGAUCCGUCGAAAGUUUGUCAGAUCAAUGUGGGCGAUAUGUUUUUCAUGAAGGGCAUGGGAUAUCCCACUGGAGUGAAAGGAUUGGUCCACAAGUCACCGCCCGUGCAAUAUCACCCGGAUGGAUUUGCGAUGAACCGCUUAGUUCUGAAAGUGGAUGUCCCCUUGCAAUGAAACCCAUGGGAGCCUGUGGUUCCUGAAAGAGGGCUGAAUUCUUUCAAUUUUUUAGGAAGCAGUUUGUAUAGAUGUGUACAGCCCACCUGUUUCCAAACUGUGUUAGUGGUUGGUACCUGCAACGCAGGCAGCUGCUAUAUGCUUUACCCUACAGCUGCAGCUACCAAGUUGCCAUUGUUGCCAGGAGAUUCAUAUCUGGAGCAGUUUUCGGGUUUAUCAAGUUGGUUCGGUGUAGCUGAGGGUUCGACUAGGGGUGGUUUCUGCACAGAUAUUUGCAUGCGUUGGUCAUGCACUUGUGACCUGUUGAGAACAUGUACAGGCCUGUACCUACGUUACAGAACCUUUGCUCGACCGAAUUUGCCCUUUGCAAGAUGGUCAUGGAAGUGAAGCUGAGACCAUGGCAUGACGAAAAUAAGUUGUCGUCCGUUUGGCCAGUUGCAAUGGGAUGGCUGUGACUGCAAUAGUGACAAUCCAAAUAUAGCAAAGUAUCUUGGCUAUGCCCACUUCAGGUGGACACGCCUUUUGAAUCUGUUUCUGUUUCAUUGGAUGCGCUCACGGUG